AUGCAUGAUGGCACUGAUUCAACUUUCUUCGUUGAACAGAAAGAAAGGAAGUGAAAACCUUCAAAAAAACAAACAUGGCUCCCGGGAAUGGGACAUGUUAUAAGCCCAUGAAAGCAACCUCCAAUGGAGUUUUCCAAGGCGACACUCCCUUGGACUUUGCCUUGCCUCUCGCCAUCCUCCAGAUCUGCCUUGUCGUCGCCCUCACUCGUGCUCUCGCCUUCGUGCUUCGCCCCAUGCGCCAGCCUCGUGUCAUUGCAGAGAUCGUCGUAAGUCAAACCACCAUCCCAUCGAUGAGCAAAAUCGUUCGUUACAGUUUACGUUGUUGCGGUCAGUAAUGAGUAGAAAUGUUACUUGCUUGGAUUACAGGGAGGGAUAUUGCUUGGUCCAUCUGCAUUGGGGAGAAACCAUGAAUACUUGAACACACUCUUCCCAGUUAAAAGUCUCACGGUAUUGGACACUCUUGCCAAUUUGGGACUGCUCUUCUUCCUCUUCUUGGUGGGACUUGAAUUGGACCCCAAGGCACUCAAGAGGACAGGGAAGAAAGCCUUUGCUAUCGCCAUGGCUGGGAUCGGCCUCCCCUUCAUCAUGGGAAUAGGGACAUCCGUUGUCCUCCGCGGGACCAUCUCCAAAGGCGUGAGUGGACCUCCGUUCCUCGUCUUCAUGGGCGUGGCGCUCUCCAUCACUGCUUUCCCCGUCCUGGCUCGAAUCCUGGCAGAGCUCAAACUCCUCACUACAGACGUCGGUCGGAUGGCAAUGUCGGCCGCAGCUGUCAACGACAUUGCCGCCUGGAUUCUGCUCGCUCUCGCCAUUGCCCUCUCUGGCACAGGCUCCCCUCUGGUCUCCCUGUGGGUGCUUUUGUGUGGAGCAGGUUUCGUCAUAGCUUGUGUGGUCAUUCUGCCUCGAGUGUUCGCAAUGAUGGCCCAACGUUGCCCUGAUGGCGAGCCUGUCGACGAAAUCUACGUGUGCGCCACAUUGUGUUGUGUCCUGGCUGCAGGAUUCGUCACCGACACCAUCGGAAUCCACGCUCUUUUCGGAGCAUUUGUCGUGGGAAUCCUCGUCCCUAAGGAAGGUGCAUUCGCUGGAGCGCUAGUCGAAAAGGUGGAAGAUCUCGUCUCGGGUCUAUUCCUCCCAUUGUACUUCGUCUCGAGCGGAUUGAAGACCAAUGUAGCCACCAUACACGGUGCACAAUCAUGGGGGCUCCUCGUUUUGGUCAUCGUCACGGCUUGUUUUGGCAAGAUCGUCGGCACCGUGGUUGUCUCCUUACUCUGCAAAAUGCCAUUCCAGGAAGCAUUAGCCGUUGGAUUCCUGAUGAACACCAAGGGUCUAGUGGAGCUCAUUGUUCUCAACAUUGGCAGAGACAGAAAGGUUCUGAAUGAGGAAACGUUCUCAAUCCUAGUCCUGAUGGCUAUAUUCACAACGUUCAUCACUACUCCCAUCGUAAUGGCGGUCUACAAGCCCGCGAAACGAGAGUCGAAAACAGAGUACAAGCACAGGACAUUCGAGAGGCAAGAUCCAAGCGACCAAUUCAGACUACUGGCGUGCUUCCACUCAUCGAGGAACAUACCUGGACUGAUCAAUUUGAUCGAAGCUUCCCGCGGGACCGAAAAGCGACAGGGACUCUGCGUCUACGCCUUGCAUCUCAUGGAGCUCUCGGAGCGGCCAUCGGCGAUCCUCAUGGUCCACAAGGCGAGGAAGAACGGGCUCCCCUUCUGGAAUAAGAUCCAGCAGUCGGAUUCCUCGAAUCAGGUGGUGGUCGCCUUCGAGGCGUUCCGGCAGCUGAGCCGGGUCGUGAUCCGGCCCAUGACGGCGAUCUCCGCCAUCCACGGGAUGCACGAGGACAUCUGCGAGAGCGCAGACCGGAAGCGCGCGGCCAUGAUCAUCCUCCCCUUUCACAAGCACCAGCGGGUCGACGGAACCCUAGAGACGACCCGAAUCGAGUUUCGGAGCGUGAACCGUCGGGUCCUGGAGCGGGCAACCUGCUCCGUGGCGAUCCUCGUGGAUCGCGGGUUCGGCGGGUCGACCCAUGUCGCUGCGAGCAAUGUUUCUUCGAGCAUCACCAUGCUGUUCUUCGGCGGCAAGGACGACAGGGAGGCGCUGGCGUACGGCGCCAGGAUGGCGGAGCACCCGGGGAUCAGCUUGACGGUGAUGCGCUACGUGGCGGGCCAGAAUUCGCCGGGGGAGAUCUCGACCGUCGAUUUGAACGACGGACCUGACUCGUCGGGGAUUUCAGAUGGUGAGUAUUUGGCUGAAUUUAGGAAGAGGAUUAGGGAGGAUGGGUCGAUUAAGUAUGAGGAGAAAGUGGUGAACAAUCCGGUGGAGACUGCGGAAUCGAUUCGAGGGUUCAGCAAGUGUAAUUUGUUUCUGGUGGGGAGGUCGCCGGAGGGUCCGGUGGCGGCGUGCCUGAGCGCGAAGAUUGAGUGUUCGGAGCUGGGUUCGGUGGGGAAUUUCUUGACGUCGCCGGAGUUUGUGACGUCGGCGUCGGUGUUAGUGGUGCAGCAGUACUCUACAGAGAAAAGGUCGACGCCGAGGCACAGCACGAUGAGCUCCGGGAAGGUGGCGGAGUUGCCGGCUGGGGAGAUGGAAGAGGGGAAAAUGGAGGUCUGAAGUUAUUUUUUUGGUGCGAAUGGGGAUGGAAAAUUAGAAUGUCUGUAUUUCGUUUCUUUUCCUUUGUUUUCUUUUCACUGUUUUCCUCUUUCUGGGUAUAAUUUUAGUUUCUUGCUCGUUUGAUUUGAGUACAGAAACAAAAAAAAUAACAGAAAGAAAGAAGAGAAAAAGAUACCGAAAAAACAAAAAGGGAAAUAAAAUAAUACAGAGGAUAUAGAAUUUCCAUAUUCUCCUUUCCCUUUCAGAGGUUCAAUUCGAAGUAGAAACACAGAGAUACGUGCAAACUACGAAUCAAUAUUUUCGAGAGAGAUGGAGACUGGAGAAUGAAAAAAACCUCGUCGAGAAAAUCUUAGUAGCGCUCAAAUUAUUCCCACUCUUUCUCUUCCAGCGGCGUUCUUCUCUACUCGCUCCCCAAGUCCCAAUUUACCUGCAACCCAAUUGAAGGAUUCCAACUGCAGUGAAUGUGAGACUGUGCUAUUGAAGGCAGAAAUGGUUACUGCAAAUGUUACAUGUGCUAAGCCCAUGGUGGGCUACAUCGAAUGGGUUCCUCCAAGGGUACAGUCCGUUGGAAUUCGCUCUUCCUCUUGUGAUUCUCCAGAUCUGUCUCGUGGUUGCUCUGACCAGGGAUCUGGCUUCCCUUUUGAGACCAUUGAGACAACCCCGUAUGAUUGCAGAGAUGGUGGGAGGAAUUAUGCUUGGGCCUUCUCUCUGGGUCGAAACAAGAGACCUACUUGCACACAGUAUUGGACAGUCUGGCAAACAUUGGUCUUCUCUACUUCCUGUUUCUAUCCGGCUUAGAGAGAGAUCCUAAAGCACUCUGUCGAACUGGGAAGAAAGCUCUAGCUCUAGCCUUUGGAGGAAUCAGACUCUCAUUGUCAUUCUUAACGGGAAUUGGUUCCUCAUUUGUCAUCCGAGCAACCAUAUCCAAAGGAGUAAAACGACACUGCGUUCCUUGUCUCGCAAAACCAGCAGCUAGUGUUCCACAUACGUACGUUUCUUGGACAGGCUCACCUUCAUGACACCUUGGAGCCAUCACUUAAAGAUCGGGCGAACUAUCAGUAUGGCGAGAAUGACAAAUCCACAGCCUGAAUUUGAACCAAAAAGUGCAAUAAGGGGGGAUUUGCCAGACCCAGAUAUUGCUAUAGUAGGAGCAAGAGCCCAUGCAACCACAUCAUUAACUGCUGCAGCUGACAUUGCCAUUCUGCCAAUGUCAGUGGUCAGGAGCUUCAACUCGGCCAGAAUACAAUUCUCAAGUACAGAACCAUCAAUAUUGGCAAUGUCUUUGCCAACUCGAUCGUCCUCAAUAUUGGCAAAGACAGGAAGGCACUGAAUGAUCAGACAUUUGCCAUUAUGGUUCUGAUGGCUCUUUUCACCACCCUCAUCACAACAUAACUGGUUUUAGCUGUAUACAAGCCAGCAAGAAAAUCACGAAGGCCUGACUACAAGUACAGAACCAUCAAACCGAGUAACACUGGCAAACAACUCCGAAUUAUGGCCUGUUUCACACUACAAGAAACAUACCAUCGAUGAUAAACCUUCUAGAAGAGGAGUUCAGCAGGUGGAGAACCUCUGUGUUAUCCAUUGCAUCUCAUGGUGGGACGCUGUGAGAGAUCCUCUUCCAUCCUAAUGGUUCACAAGGCCAGGAAGAAUGGGCUGCCCUUCUGGAACAAAGGCCCUCGGACAGAUGCUGACCAAGUUGCGGUGGCAUUUGAAGCUUUCAAGCAGCUGAGUCACGUCUCAGUAAGGCCAGUGACUGCAAUCUCUUCAAUGAUGGACAUGCACGAAGAUAUCUGCUGAGGCCAGAGAGAAAGAGGGCUGCAUUGAUCAUCCUUCCAUUCUGCAGACACUAUAGAUUCGAUGGCUCACUUGAAACUUCUCGACCGUUGGUCAGCAGAAAGGUUUUGACCCAUUCCCCAUGCUCAACAUCCACGUCCACUAACUGAUUUGAAAACAGUAACGGUCAAGAGCUACAAGCUUUGAUUCAAGUGUUAAACUUGAAAACAAACACAGGCAGACACACAGCAUACCACCUGGUUUUGAACCUUCCCUCGUAUUUCGACCAGCCCUUGUUCAUUGGGAGAGUCAAGAAUCCAAUGCCAGAUGCUUAUUGUGUCUUGAAUUUGGCCCACACCAUUAGUUUAUACGAACAGGCAAAGUAUUUGUUAAUUAUUUAUUUCUUCCCCACAAACAAUCCGCAUUGACAAAUUGGACAAAUUUCAAUCAUCUUUUCGAUAAUAAUGUAUAGGGUUCCUUAAUUCUCUACACGAUCGCCAAAGAAU